GAGACGCCCCGAGAGGACCCAAAGAGGGUAAAAUCGUAAAAUGGUUUCCGUAGCCAUUUUGGCUCAAUCAAUUUUGGCGCAAGCCAAAUUAGUCAGCAAACAGUUCAACUUGUCUCGUCACCACGCCUGCGCUCUUCUCCGGGAAUAUCCCCCGUGGGCUUUGCUCUCCGAUGGCGGCGCCAGCGUUCGAUGAGUCUUGGCGCUUAGACCCGAUAUUGGCGGGUGGCGUGGCGCCACCAUGCGGAGCUGAAUUUACGCGCUUUGUACCGCCGACGUUCAGCACCCACGGGUACGGGCCAUUGCUCUCUCGCAAGGUUGGCGUCGUGAGGGCCCGCGCACCACAUCCCGAGGACCUGGACGGCCUGCAGCGCGGGAUGGUGGCGUCCGCGGAGCCAAUCGCUUCGCGCGGCCCUGUCGGCGCAGAGGUGGGCGGCCCAGAGCGCGCGAUGGGGGUGCUCGCGGAGCCGGAUGCCUCGCGUGGCCCUGGCAGUGCUCGUGCAAAUUCGCUUGGGGCAGGCCUGGACGGGUCCGUGAUCUUGAGAGGUGCGAUCGGGGCAGCGAUGGUGGCUUUGCGCAAGAAGCUGAUCGGCAAGUCCUCCGCUCAGAGUUUCUCUGAGAUCAACACGGAGACCACGCCAGUUGCGCCGGCCUCGCCACCACGGGCCGUGUUCAAAUUCAGAGCUCGGUCAUACGUCGCGGCACGUGCGCAGAAAGGAGACCAGCCGCGCAAGGCAUAGUUGAUAUGUUUCGUCACGCGGUGCAGAAGCCACCCGCACUUGUGGAUAAUGAGGGGGCCGUUCUGCCGGCAGGUGCCCAGAGAAGGGUGAGGAGGAACGAGAAGGGGAGGAGCACGAGGUUGGUCGUGUUGCGAGGAGUGGCCUGCAGUUGAUAUUUGCACCGCUUUGGCGGAGCCUGCCAUGAUGCUGGUCAGGCCGCGGCAGUUCGGCCGCACUCGAGCACUCGUCCUGUGCUGGUUCGGCCCUGCGCCUGGAGCACGGAGUGCCCAGUCGCACUGCACAGCCGAGCUGGGCCUUGCCCACAGCCGAGCUGGGCCUUGCCCGCCCACGUCGCGCGUUCGCGAAGCGUUGGAGAGGAACGUUGCCUCUGGACGGCCCGGGGCCGAGCAUAGCAGACACGCUCGGGGAGCUCCUGGUGUGGGCAGUUCCUCGCGCGCAGUGCCGUGUUCGGGUCAUCGUCUUGCUCUCGGAUGCACUCAGGGCUCUGGCAGGACCUUGAGGGAUCUGCGGCAGCCCCUCACGGGCGCGGACGCUCUGGACGCCACUCUCCUCUCUUCGGGUCCGUCCGUGUUCUUUCCCCACGCCCAGGAUAUGUGUGUGUGUCUCUCCAACAGGUGUGUCUCCAAUAGGUUCGUCUCCCACACAGCGUUCGGUGCGCUGCAGUGCUGCUAUGAUGCGACCGAGGGGGAUUCCCAUAGUGACACCAUCAUGUCCCCAUUGCGGCAC